GUUGCACCAUGUUAAGGGGAGCUAAGAAUAUGAAAGCCAAACAAGGGAUCAUGUGGUCCCGUGCCACUCGAUCCGGUUCGUACACGAGCAUUGCACCGAAAAAGCCGUGGAGCCAAACGCCUAGUCAUCAGUUGUUAUCGGCUGACAUCAGCCCUAAAUUCUUGCUUCAGUUGAGGUUUUCAAGUUCGGAAAGCAGUCUAAAUGACUGUAAAAUGGAACUCGAGAAGCUCAAUAACGCGCUCAAGCAUGUUCAAGAUGUACUAGCGAAAGGGAUCGAACCCCAAAAGCCAUAUGAAUCUCCACUUUUGACUCGGGCCGCGAGUUAUCGAGACGAGUUCUUGUCGAGGAUUGUGUCGUGCGAGGGAAUAAACGAAACUACAAAGGAGAUGUGGGACAAAUUUCCUUAUUACAUCAAUAAGCAUGAUAAAAACCUCCUUAUUGAGCACAUGACCGCGCGUUUAAAGGAAAACAAGUGUAGCAAAGACUUUGGUAAAGAUUUGAAGUUUUCGGGCACCAGAAUUUUGCUUCAGAGUACUCCUGGUACGGAAGUAUAUCGGGAAACACUAGUGAGAACACUUGCAAGACACUUGAAAGUUCCACUGUUGGUGAUGGACAGUGAAUUACCUCCUGCAUAUGGUUUUAUUGAGGACAAAUCUGAGGAAGAUGAAGACUCGUAUGGAUAUGAUUACGAUUCGAACAACGAUGAAAACGACGAUUAUGGAAGUGGUGAGGACAGCAACCAAGAGAAGAAAAAUCCUGCGGAAGCGGUACCUGUGUUGGAAGAAGGUGAUAGAAUACAGUACACUGGACCCAAAGACACUUCCAUUAAGAUGAAUAAGAGAAGGACACUGUCUAAAGGCCAACGAGGGGAGGUGUGUGAAGUUAAAGGCGACAGCGUAGCCGUUAUUUUCUAUGAAAAUGGUGAAAGUGAUGGGAAAAUCUCAGAACCACCAGUUCAUUGGCUUGCUGCAAAGCACAUCCAACGUGAUACAGAUGCUCAAACUCAUGAUUGUUACCUUGCUAUGGAUGUGCUCUUUGAGGUUCUGGAGUCUCACCCAUCUAUAAUGGUCUAUUUUCCGGACUCCUUUACCUGGUUGCCAGAGAGAUCUUACUGGAGCUACAAUAGAGCCCGUAAGGAGUUUUUUGGCAAGGUGAAAGAGAUGUUUGACCAAUUAUCAAAACGUAAGGUUUUGAUUUACGGACAAAACAAAUCAGUGCUUGGAUCAGAAGAACUUGAGCUCAUUUUGAAGGAAGUAAAUGAGGAUGUAAAUGAGGAAGUAAAUUACAAUUGGCAUAGACGAGAAGAAGAGGAGGAAGUGCGCAAGCUAUUUCCCAACAUUAUAAGUAUAGUACCCCCAAAGGACAAAGAUCUCGUGAAGAAAUUGGGUUCACAUAUUCUAGAAGAUGAGAAAGAGAUGAUUUCUAGAAGAAAUAUAAGCGCAAUGCAGAAGGUUCUCAAGGAGCAUGAUUUGGUAUGCAAGGACCUGGAGCUUGUACACUCCAAUGAAGUGGAUAAGAUUGUUGCUUGGGCGACGAAUCAUCACCUCUCAUCAUGCCAUGCUCCUUCUGUUAAGAACGGCCAGUUGCAUAUGCCUAGAUCAAGCUUUGAACACGCCAUUUUGAGAUUGAAGGAAUCCGAAACCAAGUUUUCAAAGUCUCCUAUGCCUUGCAAAGGGAUGCUGCUUUUUGGUCCCCCUGGAACUGGAAAAACCCUUAUAGCAAAGGCUCUGGCUACCGAAGCUGGGGCCCAUUUCAUCAAUGUUACUCCCUCAUCCCUUGGAUCUAAGUGGUAUGGGGAAUCCGAAAAUCUUACGAAGGCACUAUUCACCUUGGCUGUCAAGUUGGCUCCUACAAUUAUUUUUUUGGAUGAGAUUGAUGCUUUGCUUGGUGCCCGUGGUAAACUUUAUGAGGGUGAGGCUACCAGAAAAGUGCGGAAUGAGUUUAUGUCAGCAUGGGAUGGAUUAACUUCAAAUGACUGCCAAAGAAUACUUGUUCUUGGUGCUUCAAAUAGGCCCUUUGACCUUGAUGAUGCUGUCAUUCGCCGCAUGCCAAGAAGGAUUCAUGUUGACCUACCAGAUGUGAAAAAUAGAUUGAAAAUAUUGGAGAUACUUCUUGCCAAAGAGGCUCUGGAAUCUGGGUUUGAUAUUAAAAAACUCGCAGAGGCUACUGAAGGGUAUUCCGGGAGCGACUUGAAGGGUGACAAGAAAGAUGGAACUCCGGCAUUAAGACAACUGAAGCUAGAUGACUUUAUUAAUUCCAAGGCCGCGGUUGGGGCCUCGGUUGCGCAUGAAUCAAGCAGGAAUGGAACGAGCGAUAUGGCGAAGGAGGAAGCAGGAAAAAAUCGAAGCAUUCACAGCCCUCCUCCAAUUGAGGAUUCAAAUUUCGUUCCUGUCAUGCUAAGGGGAUCAGCUAAACAUCUAAAAGCCAAACAUGGGAUCAUGUGGUCCCGUUCCACCCGAUACCUAUCAGGCCCCAUGGACUACAAUUCGGGCCCCUGUUUGCACACUAGCACGAGGAACUAUUCCGUGGUGGGCCCCACGAGCAUUGGACCGCGAAAGCUAUCAUCGGAUAACACGAGCCGUAGAUUCUUCUUGGUGCAAUCGAGGUUUUUUUCAAGUUCGGAAAGCAGCAAAGAUGAGGAGAUUGAAAAACUCAAGAAGGCGUUGAAGCAAGUUCAAGAUGUGAUGAAGGGAAUCGAAUGCCCAAAGCCUUACGUGUCUCCGCUUCUGACUCGGGCCGCGGGUUAUCGAGACGAAUUCGUGUCGAGGAUUGUGUCGUUCGAUGGAAUUCAUCGAACAACCGAGACGACAAAGGAGACAUGGGAUAAGUUUCCUUAUUACAUCAACGAGCACGAUAAAAACCUUCUUAUAGAGUAUAUGACUGCGCGUUUGAAUGAGAAGAAGUGCAACAAAGACUUUGGUAAAGAUUUAGAGUCUGCGAGUGGGAGAAUUUUGCUUCAGAGUACUCCAGGUACCGAAGUAUAUCGAGAAACGUUAGUAAGAACACUUGCAAAACACUUGAAAGUUCCGCUUUUGGUGAUGGAUAGCGCUGGAUUGCCUCCUCCGUAUGGUUUCGUUGACGACAAAUCUGAGGAAAAUAAAGAUGAAGACUCGUGGGGUUGUUAUGAAUCAGAUGACGAGGAGGACAGUGAAGACGAUGAAAGUGAAGAUGAGGACGAAGCCAACGAGAAGAAAAAUCCUGCAAAACCUGUUUCUAAGUUGGAAGAAGGUGAUAGAAUAAAGUAUGUUGGACCCAACGACACUUCCAUUAAGAUGAAUAAGAGAAGGAUACUGUCUAAAGGGCAGCGAGGGGAGGUGCGUGAAAUUAAGGACGACAAAGUAGCUGUUAUUUUCUAUGCAAGUGGUGAAAGUGAUGGGAAAAGCUCAGAACCACCAGUCCAUUGGCUUGCUGCAAAGCACAUCAAACAUGAUACAGAUGCUCAAACUCAUGAUUGUUAUCUUGCUAUGGAUGUGCUCUGUGAAGUUCUGGAGUCUCAUCCAUCAAUAAUUGUCUAUUUUCCGGAUCAUUUUAGCUGGUUGCCAGAGAGAUCUUACUGGAGCUUCUGGAAAGCACGUGAGAAGUUUUUUCGCAAGGUGAAAGAGAUGUUUGACCAAUUAACAAGACGUAAGGUUUUGAUUUACGGGCAAAACAAAUCGGUGCCUGGAUCAGAAGAACUUGAGUGUAUUUUGAAGGGAAUAAUACCUAAGGAAGUAAAGGACACUUGGAUCAGGCGAGAAGAAGAGAAAGAAAAGCGCAAGCCUUUUCCCAACAUUAUAAGUAUAACACCCCCAAAGGAAAAAGAUGUCGUGAAGAAAUUGGGUUCACAGAUUCUAGAAGAUGAGAAAAAUAUGAUUUCUGGAAGAAAUAUAAGCGCAAUGCACAGGGUUCUCAAUAAGCACGAUUUGGUAUGCAAGGACCUGGAGCUUGUAGAUUCCAGUGAAGUGGAUAAGAUUGUUGGUUGGGCGACGAAUCAUCACCUCUCAUCAUGCCAUGCUCCUUCAGUUGAGAACGGACGGUUGCAUAUGCCUAAAUCAAGCCUUGAACACGCCAUUUUGAGAUUGAAGGAAUCGGAAAACAAGUUUUCAAAGUCUCCCAAGCCUUGCAAAGGGAUGCUGCUUUUUGGUCCCCCUGGAACUGGAAAAACCCUUAUAGCAAAGGCUCUCGCUACCGAAGCUGGGGCCCAUUUCAUCAAUGUUACUCCUUCAUCCCUUACAUCUAAGUGGUACGGGGAAGAAGAACAACUUGUGAGGGCACUAUUCUCCUUGGCUGUCAAGUUGGCUCCUACAAUUAUUUUUGUGGAUGAGAUUGAUGCUUUGCUUGGUGCUCGGGGUGAACGUUAUGAGCAUGAGGCAACCAGAAAACUUCGGAAUGAGUUUAUGUCAGCUUGGGAUGGAUUAACUUCAAGUGACAGCCAAAGAAUCGUUGUCCUUGGUGCUUCAAAUAGGCCCUUUGACCUUGAUGAUGCUGUCAUUCGCCGCAUGCCGAGAAGUCCUAUUGUUGAAAGAAUUCGUCUUUACAUGGAGUUUAUCGACAUGAAUGUUGAGCUUGACAGAAUAUCCUUGACUGCUCGUAGGAUUCAUGUUGACCUACCAGAUGUGAAAAAUAGAUUGAAAAUACUGGAGAUACUUCUUGCCAAAGAGGCUCUGGAAUCUGGGUUUGAUAUUAAAAAACUCGCAGAGGCUACUGAAGGGUAUUCCGGGAGCGACUUAAAGGGUGACAAGAAAGAUGGAAGUCCGGCAUUAAGACAACUGAAGCUAGACGACUUUAUUAAUUCCAAGGCCACGGUGGGGCCCUCGGUUGCGUAUGAAUCGAGCAGUUUGGUCAAGCUGAGGGAAUGGAACGAGCGAUAUGGCGAAGGAGGAAACAGGAGAAAUUUGGAGUUCAUGGGAUUUUGUGUUUUUUCUUUCUUAUAUGCCAAAUGUAGAGCUCUAUAUCUAUUGUUAUUAUUAUUAGGAUCAUGGUACAGUGACAUAAUCGAUGAUCAUGUUAAUUCACACAUCUAUCAGCCGUGGAGCCGCCAAAAUCCGGCUCGAUCGAGGUUGUUUUUAUCAUCAUCAUCAUCGAACCGUGUUAGUAGAUUCGUGGUGAAGUCGAGCUUUUCGAGUUCGGAAAGCAGCAAAGAUCACGAGAUCGAAAAACUCAAGGACGCGUUGAAGCAAGUUCAAGAUGCGAUGAAUGGAAUCGAAGGCGGCUUAAAUAAGCCUUACGAGUCUCCGCUCCUGACUCGGGCCGCGGGUUAUCGAGACGAGUUUGUGUCGAGGAUUGUGUCUUUCGAGGGAAUAAACGAGACGACAAAGGAAACAUGGGAUAAUUUUCCUUAUUACAUCAACGAGCACGAUAAAAACCUUCUUAUAGAGUAUAUGACCGCACGUUUGAAUGAGAAGAAGUGCAGCAAAGACUUUGGUAAAGAUUUAGAGUCUUCGAGUGGCAGAAUUUUGCUUCGAAGUACUCCAGGUACCGAAGUAUAUCGAGAAACGAUAGUACGAACACUUGCAAAACACUUGAAAGUUCCGCUUUUGGUGAUGGAUAGCAGUGGAUUGCCUCCUCCAUAUGGUUUCAUUGACGACAAAUCUGAGGAAAAUAAAGAUGAAGACUGGUGGGGUUGUUGUGGAUCACAUGACGAUGAGGACAGCGAUGAGGACAGUGAAGACGAUGAAUGUGAAGAUGAGGACGACGCCAACGAGAAGAAAAAUCCUGUAAAACCGGUUUCUAAGUUGGCAGAAGGUGAUAGAAUAAAGUACAUUGGACCCGACAACACUUCCAUUAAGAUGAAUAAGAGAAGGACACUGUCUAAAGGCCAGCGAGGGGAGUUGCGUGAAGUUAAAGGCGACAAAGCAGCUGUUAUUUUCUAUGCAAGUGGUGAAAGUGAUGGGAAAAGCUCAGAACUACCAGUCCAUUGGCUUGCUGCGAAACACAUCGAACAUGAUACAGAUGCUCAAACUCAUGAUUGUUAUCUUGCUAUGGAUGUGCUCUGUGAGGUUCUGGAGUCUCACCCAUCAAUAGUUGUCUAUUUUCCGGAUCAUUUUAGCUGGUUGCCAAAGAGAUCUUACUGGAGCUUCUGGGAAGCACGUAAGGAGUUUUUUGGCAAGGUGAAAGAGAUGUUUGACCAAUUACCAGAACGUAAGGUUCUGAUUUACGGGCAAAACAAAUCGGUCCCUGGAUCAGAAGAACUUGAGUCUAUUUUGAAAGGAAUAACUAAGGAAGUAAAGGAUACUUGGCGCAGACGAGCUGAAGAGAAAGAAAAGCGCAAGCCAUUUCCCAACAUUAUAAGUAUAGUACCCCCAAAGGAAAAAGAUGUCGUGAAGAAAUUGGGUUCACAGAUUCUAGAAGAUGAGAAAAAGAUGAUUUCUGGAAGAAAUAUAAGCGCAAUGCACAGGGUUCUCAAUGAGCACGAUUUGAUGUGCAAGGAUCUGGAGCUUAAGUGGAUAAGAUUGUUGGUUGGGCGACGAAUCAUCACCUCUCAUCAUGCCACACUCCUUCUCCUUGAACAUGCCAUUUUGAGAUUGAAGGAAUCCGAAAACAAGUUUUCAAAGUCUCCUAAGCCUUGCAAAGGUAUGCUGCUUUUUGGUCCCCCUGGAACUGGAAAAACUCUUAUAGCAAAGGCUCUGGCUACCGAAGCUGGGGCCCAUUUCAUCAAUGUUACUCCUUCAUCCCUUACAUCUAUGUGGUACGGGGAAGAAGAACAACUUGUGAGGGCACUAUUCUCCUUGGCUGUCAAGUUGGCUCCUACAAUUAUUUUUGUGGAUGAGAUUGAUGCUUUGCUUGGUGCUCGUGGUCAACUUUAUGAGCAUGAGGCUACCAGAAGACUACGGAAUGAGUUUAUGUCAGCUUGGGAUGGAUUAACUUCAAAUGACAGCCAAAGAAUCCUUGUCCUUGGUGCUUCAAAUAGGCCCUUUGACCUUGAUGAUGCUGUCAUUCGCCGCAUGCCAAGAAGGAUUCAUGUUGAUCUACCAGAUGUGAAAAAUAGAUUGAAAAUACUGGAGAUACUUGUUGCCAAAGAGGCUCUGGAAUCUGGGUUUGAUAUUAAAAAACUCGCAGACGCUACUGAAGGGUAUUCCGGGAGUGACUUAAAGGGUGACAAGAAAGAAGGAGAUCCAGCAUUAAGACCUCUGAAGCUCGAAGACUUUAUUAAUUCCAUGGCCACGGUGGGGCCCUCAGUUGCGUAUGAGUCGAGCAGUUUGGUCGAGCUGCGAGAAUGGAACGAGCGAUUCGGUGAAGGAGGAAGCAGGAGAAAAUCGAAGAAUUCACUGACCUCCAACAAGUUGCUGGAAAAGAUUGUUGCACCAGAGGAUUUAGUUAAUUACUCGUGGGAAAAUUUUCCUUAUUACAUUAAUGAACAUGAUAAAAACGUGCUUAUAGAAUGUGUGGUGGCACGUUUGAAGAGAAACAAGUGCAGCCCAUUGGUCUCUUCAAGUGGGAGAAUUUCGCUUCGUAGUUUUCCAGGUACGAAUAUAUUCAAAGACAUAUUAGUAAGAACAGUUGCAAAGGAACUACGUGUUCCACUAUUGGUGCUUGAUGAUGUAUUUGAUGAAGAAGAAUCAGAUGCAGAAAUUAAACAAAAAGAUGAUGACGAAACUUGCGAAAAGUUGAGGAAACUCAUAAACGAGCCAGAAGUAACUAAUUAUACUCAGCUGGAAGAAACAAAGAUGAUAUUCCCUAAUGCUGUGCCUAUAGGCGUCCCUACGGAAGACAAUAUCCUGAAAACAUUCUGUGAACAGAUACAUGAAGAUUGGAAAAUAUUGACAUCUCGAAACAACUUAAGUGAAAUGCGAAAGGUUCUCAAGGAGUACGGUCUGAAAUGCAAUGGUGUGGAUCGUGUAAACACUGACGGUUUGAAUCUGAAUAAACAGAAAGCUGAGAAGAUUAUUGGCUGGGCCACAAAUCAUUACCUCUUCUCGUGUGACCUUCCUUCUUUUAACGAGGUGCCCCAAGAAAGCGUUGAACUUGCUGUCAUGAGGUUAAAGGAGCUGGAAACAGAGUUGAAGAAGGAGCCUUCAAAGUCUCCCAAGCCUUGCAAAGGGUUACUACUUUUUGGGCCGCCUGGAACUGGGAAAACGCUAAUGGCCAAGGCUCUUGCUACAGAAUCAGGGGCUAAUUUCAUCAAUAUUACUCCUUCAUCCCUCACGUCUAUGUGGUAUGGGGAUGAAGAAAAUCUUACAAGGGGGCUUUUCUCGUUCGCCCGAAAGUUGGCCCCAGUAAUUAUUUUUGUUGAUGAGAUCGAUGCUUUACUCGGUGCCCGUGGUGGAAAUAGCGAGCACGAAGCUACACGAAGGCUGAGGAAUGAAUUUAUGGCAUGUUGGGAUGGUUUAACGUCAAAAGACAACGAGAGAAUCCUUGUUAUUGGUGCUACAAAUAGACCGUUUGAUCUAGAUGAUGCUGUUAUUCGCCGAAUGCCCAGAAGGAUUUAUGUGGACCUACCAGACGUGGAUGUCCGGUUGAAGAUACUGAAGGUGAUUCUUGCAAUAGAGGAGCUGGAAAACGGGUUUUCGUAUGAACAACUGGCAAAGGCCACCGAGACAUAUAUACCUGUCCAAGACUUCCUAGAAGAAGAAAGCAAGGCAAUCAUGUUUUUCGAACCAACAGGACUUGUUUGUGAUCCAGUUGAUGCUGUUCCAAAGCUGAGGCCACUGAAGCUGGAUGAUUUCAUUCACUCAAAAACCAAGAUUGAUGCUUUGCUUGGGGCUCGUGGUCAAUAUGAGAGUGAUGCAAUCAGAAAAGUGCGGAAUGAGUUUAUGUCAGCUUGGGAUGGAUUAACUUCAAAUGACAGCCAACGAAUACUUGUUCUUGGUGCUUCGAAUAGGCCCUUUGACCUUGAUGAUGCUGUCAUUCGCCGCAUGCCAAGAAGGAUUCAUGUUGACCUACCAGAUGUGAAAAAUAGAUUGAAAAUACUGGAGAUACUUGUUGCCAAAGAGGCUUUGGAAUCUGGGUUUGAUAUUAAAAAACUCGCAGAGGCUACUGAAGGGUAUUCUGGGAGUGACUUAAAGGGUGAGAAGAAGGAUGGAGCUCCAGCAUUAAGACCACUGAAGCUAGAAGACUUUAUUAAUUCCAAGGCCACGGUGGGGCCCUCGGUUGCGAAUGAGUCGAGCAGUUUGGUCGAGCUGAAAGAAUGGAACGAGCGAUUUGGUGAAGGAGGAAGCAGAAGAAAAUCAAAGAAUAUACAGACCUCCAAUGGAGAAUUGAAAUUUCGUUCC